AUGAGACUAUUAUUUUUAUUUUUUGUCUUCAUCAAUAUCAUUUCACAUGAAAUUCUUUGUGGAGAAGUGAUUUCUGGUCAUGCUGAAGAAAGAACUUGGAACAGGUUUGACAUGAAUCUUUGGACAUUUGAUGCAAAAUCGGACAGCUACAUAUUUCAUAAGAACAUCGAAAUAUAUGAAGAUAAGAGUCUUGGGGUUAAAGGAAUACUUUUUAAUUAUAUCAAAAAUAUUAAAUAUCUUCCAGUGAAAGUUUACAAAAAAUUUCCAAAUAUGGUGGGAUAUUCUGCAUACAAUUGCUCUAUUCAAGAAAUUAGAUACGAAAAUUUUGAAAAUCUAAAAGAGCUUCAAUGCCUUGACAUUCAAUAUAAUGAGAUCUCAAGCAUUCCAUCUGACACAUUUAAAGAUUUGACAAAAUUAAAAUAUCUUUUUUUGGGAACCAAUCUUUUGAAAACUAUCGAUGAAAAUAUCUUUAAACCUCUCAAAAAUUUAAGAACUCUAAAUUUUUUCAAGAACCAAAUUAAACUUGUGCCAGAAAAUGCUCUAAGUAGUUUGACGCAAUUACAGAAUAUUUCUUUCCAUGGAAAUGCCGUUGAAAAUUUAAAUGAUCUGCAUUUUAAAAAUAAUAACAAUCUUGAAUGGAUUUGGUUAAGUGAGAAUAAAUUUGGCAUCCUUAGUUCCACAAUGUUUGAUCAUAUGGCAAACCUGAAAUAUGUCGAUUUGAGAGAUAAUUUGUGCAUGAACAAACAUUAUUAUUCCUCAGGUUUUCCGGAAAUGAAGGAAAAAAUUAAAACUUAUUGUAGAGCUUUGUAAAAAUCAAUAAUUAAAAAAUAUUUAAUAAAUUGCUGGUUUUAUGAAGCAACUGAUAACAUGAA